AUGAUAAUACUCAGUUUCCUGCAAUCAAUUGCCUCAGGUUUAGUUAAACUUUUUAAAGAUGCACAAACGCGACAACAAUUAGCUAAUCUAUUCACAUUACUAUUAAUGCCUCCAGAAGAAGUAAUUGGUUUAUUUUGUGCUAUCGUCGAAGGAUUCAGUAAUAUGGAUGAUAAAUUAUUAAAAUUAACAGACUAUGUCUUAAGAAAUUAUAUUGAAUGCCCGAGAUAUCCUAUUGAAAAAUGGAAUCAUUUUAAUUUAAUAGAAGAAAGACCACGUACAAAUAAUCAUGUUGAAGGAUAUCAGCGUCAAUUGAAUGCAUAA